GUGACAUGUGCUUACUUUUGAGAAAAACGCAACUAUUCAGGUUACUAUUAGGAAUAAUUACUAUGUUUAUUUUAUGUUUACCUGAAUUUUUCAAAAUCCACGAAGUCAGCACUGUGAUCUUGUCAUGCACGGAUACCUGUUCAUCAAAUAACACCACUUUUCCACUUUGUACUUUUAACCAUUCUUGCAAAAGACCUGUGCAACAAAGGGAAAACCAGACUAUUCUAUUGAAGGCCAUUGUAAAUCAUUCCAAUUUCCAAAAUGUUCUAUGUAUUUGCCAGUCCUCUAGGAAGGAGGAGCAGUCCCAUAAACACACAGACUGUGGACCCAAGACAGAUGUGAAUGAUGAUCAUCAAGGAUCAGGUUCAGUAGCUAAAAAAGGCUCACUUGAAGUGAAAGCAGAAGAUGUUAUUUAUUUUUACAAAUAUUUCCAUUUCGCUGCGGCUUCCAAGAAAGAAGCAGCAGAGCGUGAUACUCACUACUUGCUGGAAAUCCACAUCAACAAUUCCAUAAUCAGAGGAAGAAAUGCAGAAGAAGAAUACCUAAAUCAUUCCUGUCUAGUGGCAAUGAUGGAAGACCAAAAUGACUGCAUAAAUAUUUCACUACAACUGAAGACUUAUGCAGAAUAUCCAAUGUGCAUGACAAAGAUCAUUUGGCUCACUAUGAUUCCAGUAGUUUUUGUGGUUACCAUUUCAAUCGUCAUCUACAAAAUAGUCCAAGAAAAUGAACAAAACUGUUCCAAACGCAGAGUAGCAGCAUCAGUUGCUACUAUCCCAAGAAGAAAGCAUUCCAGACAUGCAGGAAGAACCAUAUCUGCUACUAAAAUUCAUCCUUUUCCUGCAAAAAACAGCAAACAACAGAUUCCAGUUACUGCACAGACCAUAAAGAUACUGCCUAUAAUUCCUGAACAAGAACACUGCCAUGUGGGUGCAGCAACUGUAGAAGUUUCAGAUGCUGCCGUAUGAAAUAUCACUACCUUUGGAUGAAGGAAGACUCCUGAUAUCCCACAGAAGAAAGCAUCUCCAUUCCCAGUUUGGGGAGCUGUGUUAUCUGCCUUCUCAACAGAAUGCCAACGAUACAUUUUAGACGGGAGGCUCCAUUCUAUCCUUCAACAGAACUAUUUGGUAUUAAGACAAUAUGGAUGACUGACAAACAUAUUUUGCUGUAGAAACAGCUUCAGUUGGAGAGCACAGACUUCACAUCUGUUUUCAGUUCGUUCAGGACUUGGACUUGAUCAUACGACUGUGAGAUGAUCCUUGCAAUAAUCCUAUUUUCCAGGAGAGACAUUUAUUUUAUAAAAGUCUGUUUAAAGAUAGAAAUGAUCCUCUACUUUCACGAAACAAGCACAGUUUCCAGCCUAUGCAAUUCUCUAGGUGAAUAAGAUGCUUAAAAGGUAGAAUUUCUGGCUGUUGAGGAAGGUGGCUGAAGGAUCACAGCAGAGAAUUCUGCAGUACCUUUUAAUUUCUGCAGUAAACCUGGAAGAUCUUCAUAAAUUCUGCAACAUCAUGGUGGAUA